GAUCGUUGGCAGGACAGAAUGGAACACACCUUGCUCUGUGUGCUACUCUUGCUGAGUACACUCAUCAACUCUGGACACUCUGAAGAUGAUGAUGCUCUGCCCAAAGCUACACUGACUGUGAAGCCAAACCCUGCAUACACUGGAGAGACAGUUACUCUGACGUGUUCAGUAGGGUCUGACAGUAGCUGGAGCUAUCAGUGGUACAAAGACAGGAAUGAUAAUGUAGUAUCCCAGUCUGUCAGACACACUAUAACAGGAGACACCCUCACCAUCAGUAGAGUUGUUGAGUCUGACCAGGAUCAGUACUGGUGUCAGGGAGAGAUCCAGUCCAGAUCCAUAUCAUCAAUCAUCAGUGAUCCUGUCAGAGUCACCCUGAAUGCUCUGCCCAUGGCCUCAGUGAAGAUAGUCACUCCACAGGGUCUCCUCUACCCUGGAGAGACAGUCACUCUGCAGUGUGACAUAUCAGACUAUACAGACUGGACGUACAGCUGGUUCAGAGACAACGAAGAGCUUCCCAUUCAGACCAGAAAAAACUCCAUCUCUCUCCUUGACCAGGCUGGUCAGUACAAGUGUUUUGGGACAAGGAUAGGUCGGCCCAAGAAGUCAUAUCUCAGCUCAGCUCUCCCCAUCAUCAUCACUGCUCUUCCCAAAGCUACACUGACUGUAAAGCCCAACCCUGUGUUCCCUGGAGAGACAGUUACUCUGACGUGUUCAGUAGGGUCUGACAGUAUCUGGAGCUAUCAGUGGUACAAAGACAGGAAUGAUAAUGUAGCAUCCCAGUCUGUCAGACACACUGUAACAGGAGACACCCUCACCAUCAGUAGAGCUGGUGUGUCUGACCAGGGUCUCUACUGGUGUGAAGGGAACACAGUGUCUAGACCCACAUCUUCACUCCAUAGUGAUCCUGUCACUCUCACCCUGUUAAAGAGAGACCUGUUGCUGUUCUGA